AUUGUGCAGAAGUUCAACUUGAAAAGCAAAAGCCAUUUCCAAUUUUCCAUCGUCGCGAUUCAGUUAGGUUUUCGUGUCCUUCCGGAAAUCAGAGAUGAGUUCAUCGGGUUCGACGAAGGGUGGUAGGGGAAAACCCAAGGCCUCAAAAUCUGUCUCCAGAUCUCAGAAGGCCGGUUUGCAGUUUCCCGUUGGAAGAAUCGCCAGAUUCCUCAAGGCGGGAAAGUAUGCUGAGCGUGUUGGUGCCGGUGCUCCGGUCUAUCUAUCCGCUGUGCUUGAGUAUCUUGCGGCCGAGGUUCUCGAGCUUGCUGGAAAUGCGGCAAGAGAUAACAAGAAGAAUCGUAUUGUGCCGAGGCAUAUACAGCUUGCAGUGAGGAAUGAUGAAGAGUUGAGCAAGCUUCUGGGGACUGUUACAAUCGCUAAUGGGGGUGUUUUGCCCAACAUUCAUCAAACUCUCUUGCCGAAGAAGAUAGGAAAGGGAAAAGGCGAGCUUGGUUCCGCAUCGCAAGAGUUUUAGGGUUUUUUUGUUAUUUUUUUUUCUCUUGUUUUUAUUUAAAAGAUAAAAGAAAGGUCAUCAUCACUGCUUGAUACUGUUAUUAAUGGGGAAUUCUCUUGCAUCUUUGUUGAAUUUGUAAUCAUAGAGAACCCCAUUAUUUCUCUUUAUUUUUGCGAAAUAUAAAGACAGAAAAUAAUUUCUGAUAAUUGUGUGUGUACAGUGGUUUUGCUUCGUUCAUUCUGUUAAAUGCGAUGGAAAAUUGAUG